AUGGAAAACUGCGACUUUGGGUUACCAGUUGGGACGAAUUACGUGAAUGACAAGUCGAAAUUUUUAAAGACGGGAACAACCAUCUGCGGAUUGAUUUGCAAUCAUGGAGAAGCCGUGGUUGUUGCUUGUGACUCACGAGCAACAGCUGGACCAAUAGUUGCAGACAAGGACUGCAUGAAACUCCAUAAAUUGGCGCAAAACAUAUACUGCGGUGGUGCUGGGACUGCUGCGGACUUGACCCAUGUCACCAAUUUCAUUGCGACAAAAUUAGGAGUCCAUGGGCUGACUACUGGAACAUUCCCUCGAGUAAAAACAGCAGUGACAAUGUUUAAGAGACACUUAUUCCAGUACGGAGGACACCUCGGUGUCUAUUUAGUACUUGGUGGGUAUGACUGCACCGGCGCACAUUUGUAUGGUUUAAUGGCUAAUGGAUAUACAUCGGAACAACAUUAUUAUUCGCUUGGAAGUGGGAGUGUUGCAGCAACUACUAUUUUGGAUGAUGGGUGGAAUGAAGGAUUGACAAUCGAAGAAGGAGCGGCUUUGGCACAACACGCGAUUGAGGCUGGUAUUCUGAAUGAUAUGGGUUCGGGAAGUCGAGUGAGAGUGUGUAUCAUCACUAAAGAUGGUGUUGACGAAAGAUUGCAUGUGUCGUACCCAUGCCCAAGAAUAUUCAGAAACCCAGAUUUCAAGGGAUUCCCCAAAAAGUUGGAACUUGUCAAGAAGACGUUCGUCCCAACAAUUGCAGACAACGACAUUAAUGCAGAGAACAACAAAAUGGAGAUCGAUUAA